CGCCCCUCUCCUCCCACUCCAGUGAUAUUGAGAUGAGAGCGUGAGGGGCUCCACGCUCGGGCGAGCGGCGUGCGGUGACCGUCACUGAAUUGUGCAGCGUGCAGCAGCGUUAUCACUACUGAAACCUGGACUGCUUCCUCAGAAAGGGCUCUCCAGCAGAGGGCACAGGGAAAUUUGAUGCAGCCCCUGCAUGUCCACCCUGUCGGCGCACUGUAUCUGCUGUGCGAGUAACACCUUUGAGGAUCAUGAAGAGUUCCCCUGAUCUCAUGCCCACUGAGCUGGACCCUACCCGUGUUUGCAAGGGCAAGGGUGCUGUUACUUUGAGGGCCACACUAGUGCACAUCGAUGAUGAGGAUGGCACAAGCCAAGACCUAUCCAAGAACUCUGCCAAAAGUGGAUGGCUUAGUGCGGUCAAUGGAGAUGCCACAGAAACAAGUCUGGCUGAGAGAAGUGUAAACAACACCGGAGCUGAUUUAAAUUCAACUCAAGUCAAUGAGACACCAAGAAAGGUGGACUCGCCUGUAAGUGAGGGUCAGUCUCAGCUCACGUCCUGCCUUGAUCAACCGAGUGCUAUUACCUCAUCAGCCAAAGUGUCCUCUUCAUAUCCCCCCACCAGCAGCGUCAACCCAACAAUCGUCUUGCUGCAGCACAGCAGAGAAGCUGUGGCGGAGCAGGGCAGAGGCACUAAUCGGAGCCCUACUGUCAGCCAGAAUAAAUCUUCCUCUGAGACUCCAGCAGACAUGGAAGGAAAGAGAAUGAGACUGUCGGAACAUUCAGCUGUCGCGGCACCCAGAGUCCCAGUACGGAACACAGAGCUGUCAAAGGACUGGUACAGGAACAUGUUCAAACAGAUUCACAAAGUCCCAGAGCCUGUCGAAGAAAAUCCAUAUCGUCCCACCUACAUAUUUCCAGAGAGCAAUGACAGGCCACUGAAAACCAGAGAUGAUAGGCGGUCAUAUGCUGGUGAGGAUGUGCGGGCAGUCCCUCGCUCCAAGAGUGCUGUAGACAUGGGGAGCUCCAGAGGACAGCUGCCUGUGCCAACACGCACAUCUUCUCUAAAACCUCAGAGAAAUGAGUGGGAGCCCCCUGACAAGAAAGUAGACACCAGGAAGUACCGUGCCGAGCCCAAGAGCAUAUUUGAGUACGAGCCAGGAAAGUCCUCAGUGCUGAAGCUGGAGAGACCGACUCAGGACAUAAGUCCAGAAGAUGUAGAUUUAGAGAAUGAGCCUUGGUAUAGGUUCUUUUCUGAGAUGGAGUUUGGAAAAGCGCUGCAUCACACUAAGAGUGCCCCCUCUUUCAGCCCCUUGGAAACAUCUUCUGACCUACAGCAAUACUCAGCCAGUAAAGCAGGCAACGGUGAAUUGGAGAAAAAGGACAGCUUGUCUGUCAGUGGGCAGGCAGCUCCGGAAUGUGAUCGGCACAUUUACAAGAGUGUCCUGGAGGGCGGCGACAUCCCACUGCAGGGCCUGAGAACGCUUAACAAGUACCACCCCAAUACUUCUUCUAAAGUGGAUUAUAAAGGUGGGAAUAGCUGUAUGAUUUCACCCUGCUCUUCUGUAAAUACUCACUCAGUUCAUGUCACUAAUGCACUAGCUUUUCAAUAUAAGACUAAAAAGUCCUUGUCUGCUGCCAAAGCUUGCAUCCCUCAAAUCCUUCCCUCUAAGUUUAAGCCCAAGCUAUCGCCCUCUACCGAUGAGAGCCUGGAAAGACGAACCGAGUCGACACAACAGCGGCCUAAGGCACACAGCUGUGAGGAUUUGCUUCAGGAGGCUUGUGGCUCACGCAAUGGAGAUAGGACAUACACCGAUCACAGGUUAAAUUCAGCUUGCAAGGGCAAUGGUUCACCAGAGAGCAGGAACCUGCAUAAAAAUGGACCCGUUGUGGGAUCUGUGACGAGCACAGCCGAGUUCUCCACCCUCUAUCGGAACAUGCACAACAUUCAGAGGCCGAGCUCCCUGGGCUCCAGCCCCCACGGUAGUGUCCAUUGCCUGGCUUCUUUUUUUGAGAAGCCGGGGGACGACAUUACCCUGGGGAGGACUGAGAUCAUCCCCCGGGAUGCUGUCAUGUUUCGGGUGAUGGAGUUUGAGCGUAUCAUUCAGCGUUCAAACUCUGCGCCCACUCGUUCUGCCUCGAUGCCCAUACUACCUAGUAACCCAAGUCCUUCCCACAGCCCUGUACCGACCUGCUUCCUCCAGUCUGCUCUGUCAGCUGAGACUCUAGUCUUGCCAGGGCCUGGAAAUGCUGAGGACUGUCCAGCCAAUACAGAGGCCCAGACCCCCAAAGAGGAAGCUUCUGUAUUGUACGAGUGCCCGAACACCUCAAGAACUGACUACUUUUUGGAUCUAAAUGAGGGCAAAUCAGAAGAGAAAAACAGUUGCUUUCAUGAUCCUGCCAAAGAGACGCCCUCCGGCGGUACCUCAGAGCCCACAGUUCACCAUCACCACGAUCACUUUCCUUUUCACACCAAACAGAGCAAGUGUAAAGGCACCUGCCCGGCUUCCUACACACGUUUCACCACAAUCCUCAGACACGAGCGCCAACAGGCCAACACCCAGCAGCAGGAGAAGAAGUGCACUCCCCCUAGGAACUUGCUUCUGAUGGGACCAGCCCCUUUCUCCUUAAGGAGGUCCCUACACAGUCAACAGGCCAAAAAGACUUGUGCUCUCUCUGCCAUGAAGCCCAUGACCGGAGAUCUCAUCUCGGCCAAGUUGAAGCCUUUGAUUCCCCAGCGCCUGUCCUCUUUGGAGGUUCUGGAGAGGCUCAGUAAUGGAGAGAGUUCUCCCUGUGAGGGGUGCAACUCAGAUGACCUCAUGGAUGUGGAGGGCUCAGAAGCCAGUAAAGAUCACUCUGAAGAAUCCGAUUCCUCACAUCCAUUAAGCCAAGCAGAUCAUGGAGAAAACUCAGACGAGGCAAUCCGGAAACGCUACGGAGAUAAAGAGAAAAUUCUGGAAGAGCAGAGACGGUUAAAGCGAGAGCAGGAAGAGGCAGACACAGCUGCUCGGAGACAUGCUGGGCUGGUUGUGACUCACCAACAGUUCAUUACUAAUGACCGCUUUGGCGACCUUCUGGUUAUUAAUGAGAAAGAGAAGAGAAAAACCAUAGAGAGGGUUCCUGCUCUGGCACGAUUUGACUUCAGAGCAGAAAGUUUAAAGGAACUACCAUUUCAAAAGGGAGAUAUUGUAUACAUCUACCGGCAGAUUGAUCAGAACUGGUUUGAGGGAGAGCAUCAUGGGAGAGUUGGGAUUUUUCCAUGCAGCUAUGUUGAGCUCUUGCCUCCUGCAGAAAAGGCUCAGCCCAAAAAGAGUGCUCCGGUCCAGGUGUUGGAAUAUGGAGAGGCUAUUGCUCGAUUCAAUUUCACUGGUGACACUGCUGUUGAAAUGUCUUUCAGAAAGGGGGAGCGUAUUACACUGAUUCGCAGAGUAGAUGAGAACUGGUAUGAAGGCAAAGUUUCUGGCACUAACCGGCAGGGUAUCUUCCCUGUCACCUAUAUAGAGGUGCACAAGAGACCCCGAGUGAAAAAUGGAGUAGACUACCCUGAUCCCCCUAUCAGCCAGUCACCCCAUCGGAGCACUAAUGCCUCUCCACAGCCCAUUCGUAAUCGGCUCACCACCUCCCCUCUCCCUCUCCCGCGGUCUCCCCGCCGCUCGAUCUCUCCUGAAGUCCACGCCAUCUCCAAUGAGUGGAUUUCGCUCACUGUGGGCGGGGUCGGCAGCAGCCCCCCCACCGCACCCACUCCACCCCUCCCCCCUCUGCCAAGCACUUCAUACCGCUUGGGCGAAUAUCUGCCCCCUUCCAUGUCAGCCAGUCCCGUGCCUCCCAUCAGCGGAAGCCCCUACUGUGUCUCCCCCAUGGCUUCUCCCUCCACAUCCCCUUUACCCCCACCCUAUCCGCCCCGCCCCUACUCGGCCACCCCGUUCCUCACCUUCACUCCACCUCAAGGCGAGGACUUCCUUCUUUCUCCACCCUCUCCCCGCCUGUCCCGCAGCCUGAGUCCCUGUGGGGGUGCUGGGCUUGAGGGUUGGCUAACUGGGGGCAACAGGCUGGAUCAGGAGUUUCAGGAAAGGGAUGGGGCUGAAAUAGACAGGGCUGGCAGCCUCCGCAAUGCUCCUUACAGCAGGAACAAUAGCCCAGCAGAGCCAUUAAGAAAUGAUGUAGAAUAUUAUGGGCGAUCUUCAAGAAGUCCUGUCAUGCUGUUUGACAUCCAAGACAACAACAUGAAUGCCAAUUCAUUCACGGAGGCAGUGUGUAAUGAGAUCAUGAAUAUUGCAGAAACCUCAGUGAGGUACUGCAGCACUUUGUCACGCCCUAUAGACUCCGCCCACCAACUCCUGCCUCCUCCCAGUAAACACUCUCUCAUCAUUUCCCAGCAACCCCUGUCCCAGAGCAGCAGUCCUGAGCCUGGACGCAUGAGCUGUGGGUUAUUCCAGGCUCUGUACAAUUACAUGCCUCAGAACGAUGAUGAGUUGGAGCUGCAGGAAGGAGACCUGGUCAGUGUCAUGGAGAGAUGUGAUGAUGGCUGGUUUGUGGGUACAUCCAAGAGGACAAAACAGUUCGGCACUUUCCCAGGAAAUUAUGUGAAAGCUGUUAAUUUGUGACAUGAUGCAUUUGAAGAAAUGAUGGUUCGUAUGAAGAGAUUCUAACUAUGCUUAAGCAGCUUGAUCCGUUUGGGACACUUUACCUGUUGACGUCAAAUGAAGAAUUUUUCUCCCCUUCAAAAUUUGGUCUUUCCCAGAUGAAUGUCCAGGUGUGUGAUCAGUGAGGUGUGCAGCAUGUCAGCAAAGAACAUGCAGUUCAGCUGUACUACAGUGGCAACACUUGUUGAAGGAUUUAGAAGAAUAAUACAUGGUUUUUACUUUUUGGGAGUGCUCAGACUCAGCUAAAAGCCAUUAAUACAAAAUAAAUCAGACUUGGAAAAGGUGUUUAAGUUUACAGCUGCGAAUUGUACUGAAGUACAACUUCAUCACAUACCUGACAUUACUGAAAAACAUUAAAAUUCUACAAUUUAUUUUUGCUGUAAAUGUUUGAUGGACCUUGAGUGAUACCUGAAGGUGUCUGUAUUAAGGGUUACAGGUAAAAGGAUCACAGAAGUUAGGUUUAGCCAUUUAAUAAAAAAGUGUUUAAAUUUUAAUUUACACUCCCAUUGUGUAAAAAAAAAAAAAAAAGCAUAUUCAUGGAGCUUUUUUAUUUUAUUUUUAUCAUACGCUUAAAGAGUAUGAUGAAAAUUUCUAUUGUGAUGAGGGCUCAAUGGAUGAGACAACAACAUUAGUAUUUGCAAAUCCUAGCAAAGCCAUUUGUAGACAUCAAAAUGAUGUAAAUCAGUGUUGGUCAUGUUAAGGAGGAAAAAGUCACAGCACUUACUGUACUCUCAGAUUUUAUUGACAUACAAAAUUACAGUAGAACUUUACAGUAAGGUCUGAUUUGUUAACAUUUGUUAAUUGGAUGGGAUGUUAAACCCGAUGUCCUGACUCCUGACUCUGUGUGGUCAUAAAAAGUCCCAGGAUGUCCCUCGAAAACAAAAGGGGUGUAACUGGGUGCUUUGAGUUUAGUGAAAAGCGCUAUAUAAAUGAGACUUUUUAAUUUUAAUGCAUAAGUUAACAUGAACUAACUGUGAGCAACUAUUGUUAACAAAUGAAAUUUUAUUGUAAAGUAUUACCAAAUUUCUGUUAAUAAAGAUUACGAUGGAGUGACCACCUCUAGAAACUCCAGAUCUAACAGGCUUUUUAGUUGGUAACAAAAAAGAAUAAAGCUUUAAGCGCUAUGUUAUAUAGUGAGGUGAAGGGCUACAACUAAACCCCACUAAACAGAUCUGAACACAUUUAGAUGCUUUGCCUCAAAUCAUACAACAAAUAUUUAUUUGCCUGAGUAAUGCAUAUUUUGCUCUUUCAGUCAUCCAUUUUUUAAUCGGUUGUUCUGAAGAGUUUAUUACAAGUCUGAGGCGCACUAUUUACCUCUGUUAACAAGCCUUGAUAACAUCUUAACCAGGAACCAUUUGACAGUGACAUUAACAUAGUGUUAUGACUGGUAAUAUGGCUGCAUGUUGGGAAUUGAUGAUCCAUAUAAGAUUGCCAUACCUCAUUUUCCAAGUGGCAUUCACAGUAGAGGAUGCUACAUGUGGACCGUUGUGUUCAUUUAGUUAGGUAGUCUCCAUUGAUUAGCUUGUGGUCUUCCAUAACUAAAUGUAGUUCACAUCUACUCCAGGUUGUAGAUUUGCUUUUGCUUCCUUUUAAGAGCUAGAAUUGCAAAUUUGAAGAUAUAAGUUUGGAUUUCUUCAGAUGAAAUUUUGUCUUUUUGAAUUUGCCCUUUAGUUUAUACGGUCCAUUCCAUAUAAUGCCAGAGAACGUGCUGCUAGAGAGCAUGAGGGUCGUCUGGGACUCUUACGCUUACCAGCCUUCCAUCCAAUUCAAAACGAGAAUUAGAAAAAGAUCACUCGGACAGAAAUGAGGAAUUUAAAGUAUCUAGAUGAUAUAUUUUUCACUUUUUUAAACCAGUGGUUGUUGUUAAAACCUUCAAGAAGUAAUCACAUAGAAGAUCAACAAGAAAUUAAAACGCUUAUAUGUGAUCUGUAUUGAAUAUGAACUUGAAAAUGUGUUUCAAGACCGUUAUAAGAUAGCGUAGCAGAUCUGAAUGUAGUGCUCUGAGAAACUUUUAACUUGGACGUGAACAUAGUUGAAAUACUCAGUUUUUCUAUUCUGUCAGAGUUGUAAAUAUGUAAAGUAAAAUGAAUGAAAAUGAUUGAAGUUACAGCGACCUCUAUGAAUAUUACAGUUUAUAUUAAAUGAAGAAUAAUAGGAAAGCACAGAGAUUUGCUUAACACAGGCCGUCUCAUAUAAUUGAAGGAGUGAUUCUGACACUGUGUUGGGAUUGAAAUGCCUUUCUGUCUCAUGGCUUCAUUGAACUGUGCCUCGUUUUAUUUUAUUUUAUUUUGUUUUUAUUGUUAUUAUUAUUAUUAUUAUUGCCUUGAGGUAAACACGUUACUUUUUAAGGACUUUUAAAAGUAAGUUUUAGUGUGUCACAGGAGACAAUUACCAAGUUCGUUACUGCAAUCACAUGAGUUAUUCAAGAGUGUGAGAUGACACCUGACAUGUUAAAUGUAUAAUUAUUACUUUGUGGUCUGUAUGCAGAGGUGAAUUUUGCAAUUUUUUUUUUUUUUUUGUUUAUUUGCAGUGCUGUUACAAUUACAAUGAAUUUAAAACACUAGUUACUGCUGUGAUUGCCUCAUUAUGCAAUAUUUAAUAAACAAUAUUACAGCUUUUGACUCAC